CUCGUUUCUACCACGCAGGACAUCUCAUGUGCCUGCUAAAUUUGAUACACGCCAUUUUAUCUCUCCUUCUAAAAUACGUUCCAUCAACUCAAAUAAAUUUAUGUUGGAAGAGGACAGACGGGAAGAUCCACCAGGGGACGGGACAGACGACGCGCUGGGAGCGACCAUAACCGGCCCAAACAUAAACCACACAUCCACAACAACCAUGGUAGAGUCUGGUUGUGACUAUUUGCGCACAUCACCGAAGCCUCCUCAGUCGACGGAUCACAACGAUAGCGACAGUAGUCCUUUACAGCAUCCAUCUAGCGACGACGGAGAUGAGCGGCACCAAAACCAGACUUUCUUGGAGGAGAGGGAAAUGCGCCAAAAACUGAUGGAUAUGGAGUCUAGUUUUCUACCGGAACCAUCGGCCAUCCAAAUCCCUACUACCGACCAGAACGCCGGCCCUGAUGAUACGUACUUGCUAGGGAUUUCGCCUGGGAAUGCGGAAAGGCCUAUGGAAGCGCACAACGAUGCUGAGAUAUCGUUCGUAUUAACAGACGGAGGCCGUAAUAGUACACGUGCGGAAGAAACAGAGCAUGUCUCGCAGACUCCAUGCACAGAGAAACGCGAAGAGUCAACCAUUGACCUCGAUACGACACUCGAUAUUUCUAUGAAACAAGAUGAAGGGAAUACUACAUUGCUGGAGAUUGCUGCCUCAUCACCUGCGGCGGAGGCAGCAGCUAGGACUGCACAGAGGAACAGUUCCGCGCCUGCUAAUGAUUCCAAUAAGGCUGACCAACCUCAUCAAGAUCAACUAAGAGACAGAUCCCCUUCACCAGACCCUAAGGGUGGACUGCCGCCAAUGUCACUGACAGUUAGGCAGAGCUCACAGAGCUUGUCACCAGGCCGAUUGCCCCUAUUUCAAGACAACGCAGGAGGUGAUGGAGGAGCUACCUCCGGCCCUGGAUCAAAUACGAACCGGAGGGCAAGCAGACCCAAAUACCUGAUCACUCGUUCAUCUUCUCAUCGUCUUUCUUCCUCCUCUAUAACGAGUUCAACCACCGAAACGACAAAUAGCGAGGCAACGCUAGGGGCCGAUUAUGCACUUCAAUCGGGCGGUGCAGCCCCUGGCGACCGUAGCAGUUCUCAGAACAGAGGCCACAAUGACUUGGUGAGGUCGGUUAGUCUUGGGAGCCUGGCGUCGGGGAUUUCUGGUUACAGCGAUGAAAAUGUUCUUGAGAAGCGAAAUGCCACCGGUCUUGCUGAUGGCGGCGGUGGCCUACAGACGCUAGAUGAAGAGGAUGAUUCAUCACACUCGCGCCCGGGAACAUCUAGACAGAAACCGACUGCUAAUGAUUCAGCACCUAUGACUCCAAAGGGACAGCCGCCUCAAAAUUCUAACAUGCCGACAGAUACAGCCAUCGCAGAUCGCCUUAAGGACAUCCAAAUCCCUAGCGUGUUCGUACGACAAUACAGAGAGGAUUUUGGUGACCGAGGAGUGUCCCCAGGAAAGCGGACAGGUGCCCCAACCCCUGGAUUUACAAGAAGCGGUAGGACAAUGACGCUGAAAGAGCAAAGCAGUACUAUUGAUCGCCUGUCGAAGGAGAACUUUGAUCUCAAGAUGAGAAUUCACUUCCUUAACGAGGCGCUAAGUAAGCGUUCUGAGGAAGGGAUGAAGGAAGUGGUGUCUGAGAACGUGGAAUUGAAGUCCGAUAAAUUAAAACUGCAGAAAGAAAACCAGCACUUGAAGAGGAGACUCCGUGACUUGGAAAAGCAACUGAAGGAUAAGGAGUCGGAUAAAGGGUCUAUGAUCAACAACGAUCCUGACGCUUCAGAAGAUGAGGAUCGCGAUGCGGGGCAGUACGAAGAAGAGAUCAUGUUUCUACGGGAGAGACUGGACGCUUACGAGCUCGAGAUUGAUAAUUUGAGGGCGAAGAGCAUUGCUAGAGAGAGCGAGAAGAGGAGACUUGCUGAGCUAGUCAAGUCGCUGAGUGAAGGUCGAGCUAAGGGAUCGGAUGUGGGCGCAAGAGAGGAGAGAGACAUGUGGAAAGAUAUGCUCGAAGCAGAGACCGCAGCUCGUGAACAAGCAGAGGAAGAGAAUAAGAAGCUCCGAGACGAGAUUCUACGCCUCAAAGGCGAAACAAGCUCCGGUCCAGUAGGUAGUAGGUCGAUGAUGGGCUCAGUCUUGUCUUACUCGGCUAUCUCCGACCGCGAUGCCCACCGCAAUGCCACUAUCGGCAGCUCUGCGAGUGGCACGCUUGUAGAGCUGGAACUGUUGAAGCAAGAGAACGCAGAACUACGGAAGGAAGUCAGCGCCCAGACUUCAAUGCUCACAUCCCGGAAUCGGGAAAAGGAGCGCCUUUACCAGGAAAUAGAAGAGCUAAAGCUUGGGCAGCGCCGAGAUGGAGGGCGAUCCAUUGCUGGAGACAGCAUCUUCGAUCGUUCGGCCUCUCGAGCUAACAUACGGCCAUCCUCUCGUGGCAGUGAUGGGACCAGAACGUCUCGGACUAGCGAUAUCGAACGCGAAGGAUGGGAAAUUAGGAACGGGCAGCUGCGGGAUCAGGUGUCGACUCUAAAACUCGAAAAUCAAACCAUCAGGGCUCAACUUGAAAAGUCCUCCAGGGAGCUGGAAGCCCGCGACAAAGCAUAUCAAGCUGAUGUGGACCAGGCUGAAGAAGAGAUCCGGAAUCUACAGCAAGAACUCAAUCAGACAUUGCAGGUCGCGGAGGAACGUGAGAUCGCUUUCCAAGAUUUGAGGGCGGACGCCCAGGAAGAAAUAGAUGCUCUUGCGGACGAGCUCGACCAAAAGGUCGAGGAAUUUCAACGCAUGGAAGAACUUCUAAGGGACCAAGAUGAAAACCUGAAGGCCCUCCAAGCAGAGGUGCGGUCCGCAAGCGAGGGCAUAUUCAGGCUUGAGGAAGAUGCGCAAAGUAACCUGGAGAAGUACAAGGCCGUCCAGCAGGAGCUGGAGGAGUCUAACAGAGAGAUUGAGUCUUUGGAAAAGGGACUCUUCGAAGCAAACGCGAAGGUCCAGCGGCUGACGGUACAAAUUGAGUCGGGCGAAAAUGAAAUAGCCUUCCUUCGAGAAGAGCAAGAUGGAGACAAGAUUAAGAUCACCGAUCUUGAAUCCGAGCUGAAGAUAUGCCAGGUGAGCCUCCAGAACGAGAGGGACAAGACCAGGGAGCUUGAACAGCGUCUAGCAGAGGAGAGACAUCAGCGCGAAGUCGUCGGAACCCGGGAAAAGCAGGAGGUCCAGCGGAUCAUGAACGAGUUGAACCGCGAAACUUCUGCUGCCAAGGAGGAGAUUCGCAAGCUCAAAAAGAGCCUCUCUGCUCAAGAAAUUGAGACGGCAACUUGGAAGGAACGGCUGAUGGAUCUUGAGAGUAACCUCCGAGAAACUCUCGGAGACUUGGAUGGCAGCCGGUCUAGUUUAAUCUCCAACAUUACCAAGCUACAGAAGGAACUCGAAUCGACUGCUCUGGAGCUUGAGAGUGCCCGGACGAAGCUGGAUGAGAAGGAGUCGCUGCUGCGCAACCGUGAUGCCCUUCUUGAAAGCCACGGGCUCGAGUCCCGCAAACUAGCAGAGCUUCUGGAACGCGAGCGGCAAGCACGCCGUGCAGACAAACAGUCUUUCGAACAGGCGCUCAAGUCCCAUCACCAGGCAUCGCGGACCAUUACGCAAACGAAUUCGCGGAUCUCGGAGCUGGAGGGAGCCAGGAGCCAGGAUCGCAAACGUUAUUCGACCCUGGAACAGCAGUAUAAGGAGCAGCUUAGCGAGCGAAACUCGAUGCUGCUCACCAUUUGGAAGCGCCUGUCCACCAUGUGUGGCCCGGAUUGGGUACACUCGAAUAGUCUGAUCAACGGCAAUCUACCGAGCCAGGAGGUCAUUGGCAAUAUUCUCUUUUGGCCAGGCUUCAGCCGCAAUCUUUUACUGGCCGUCAAGACUGUGGAGAAUGUGAUAUCAGGCUUCAAGAACCGGAUCAAAUCGGUGGAGCGCGACUUGACCAAGCAAUACCAGUCCCUCGAGCAUACGUUCAAUCUGCGAGUGAAGAAACUGGACCGCUUGGAGGAAGCCGCCCGGAAUAUUCGAGCCCAACAACACAGCAGGGGCAGCUCCAACUCAUCCCCAGAAGUAGCCAAACUUCGAGGGGAGAAUCGGCUUCUGAAAGCCGAGCUGAAUCUUGUUCAUUCACAUUCGCGGAGCCGCAAUUCUCCUACUGCUGCCGUCCCUGGAGAAGCAGGACGUAGGUCGCCGCGCUCUCCUGUUCCGAAUUUGACCAUAAAUACGACGUUAGACGCAGAGCGGUCGUCGCUGGUCCGGCAUAACUCUGCAUCGAUGGUUGAGAAAUCCAUGAACCAUCCUUCUCAGUCAACCCGUUCAGAGAGGGGUGGCUUAUCCCGAACUUCGACACAUAUUCCGCAGCCGACGCACUUCUCGUCUUCAACGACGCUGGCCAGUAACGGCGAUUCUCUGACUCCUAAUCUCCGCCGUGGGAAUGAGACGAAUGACCAGAAAUGGGCGCAUCGCCUUCAUGAGCUAGAAAAGAGGCUGAAGGCUGAAAGGGAAGCUCGCCUCCUUGACCGUAGCGGGGCGCGCAAGCGCCUCGAAGAACGAGACGCGGAGAACCAAAGGCUUCGGGCUCAACUGGAAAAGGAGCGUGUGCGAAAGGGAGCAUUGACAGCAACGUCCUCGGAUGGCAGUAAUCAUGGCAGUCGCAGCCCAACCAAGAACGCUGCAAGAGGCAAAGCGGGCGCUGAGACAGGGAACCGACACACGAGUGAGGGAGAGAGUACGGAGGAGAGCUCAAGUGAAGGCGAGGGCAUAUACGUCGACAUUGAAGUGUAGUGUUUUUCUCAUCGCGCUGGGUACAUUGGGUGUCGUUAUUAUUCCGGUGUACAGUACUUAUUGUCUUGUAUAUAUUGAUAUACCCUUUGAUCAACAAACAUUCUGCAUUUCCCUG